AUGCUUCAGGGUUUAGCGGACCUGGUGACAGCAGACGGCUCGUUUGACGUGCAGCACGAUCCGGGGAGACAGGAGGAGUUGGUGUCUCCUCUGGUGUAUGCUGAGGUUGUUGCUGCUGUGGGGUUGCUGCAGCUGCAGGGUUCUGCUGCUGUUAAGGUUUAUGCACUACACUCACAUCACUCUGUCUCUGUUCUCGCUAUUCUCAGCAUGUGCUUCUCCAAGGAGUUUUUAAACGAAUGCCGGCAAUGCGCGGAGUAUUUCACCCGGCUGCAGGCGGAGCACCUCGAGCGUUCCCUUGAGUCCGUUCUCCCCCCCCCCGCAGCAGCAGCAGCAGCAGCAGCAGCAGCAGCAGCAGCAGCAACAGCAGCAGCAGCAACAGCAGCAGUAGCAGCAGAAAAGCAGCAAAAGCAGCAGCAGGAAGAAGCAACAGCAGCACCAGCACCAGCACCAACAGCAGCACCAGCACCAGCACCAACAGCAGCAGCACCAGCACCAACAGCAGCAGCAGCAGCACCAGCACCAACAGCAGCACCAACAGCAGCAGCAGCAGCAGCAGCAGCAGGUUGUGGCCUAUUCGCUUCGAGGACCGCCUGGUGCCGGACAAGGAUUUUGGAGAGAGUGCAGGGGGUGUUAGAGGACCGUGUUCGGUUUCACGCGGUGUAUACGCAGCUGCAGCAGCAGCGCAUGCAUGCGUGGCAGCAGCACGGAGACAGCAGCAGACCCCUCUGUCUCCUGUCUCCUCAUGCAGCAAUAGAGGCCCUGCUCGGGUGCCGGAGCGGCCGCGAUGGGCAAGCGCCUACAAAGACGUUCAUUGCGGACUUCUUCUCAGUGCAUGGCGAAGGGGAAGACAUCGAUACAUUUGCAAAAGAAGGAGCAGCAGAGUGGCUGUGUCUCUAUCACGAAGACCCGCAGCAGCAGCAGCAGCAGCAGCAGCAGCAGCUGCUGCUGCAGCGGGAGCAGCAGCAGCAGCAGCAGCAGGGGGUGGUGGACGUUGCUUCCUUCCUAAACGCGUUCUCAGCUCGUGCGCUACAGGGCUGGAACGAGCAGCAGCAGCAGCAGCAAGACCAGCAGCAGCAGCAGCAGCAGCAGCAGCAGCAGCAGCAGCAGCAGCAGCAGCGGGAACCACUGACACCGUCUCCUGCUGCUGCUGCAUGGAGAGAAGAGGUGCUGCAGGGGCUGAGAAAAACAGACGCAGCAGCAGCAGCAGCAGAAUAUAUCACAGCUAACGCCAACAGCAACAGCAGCAACAGCAGCAGCAGCACGAGCAACAACAUAAGCAGCAGCAGCAGAAGAAGAACAAACAUCAACAGCAGGCAUCAGCAGCAGCAGCAAGAGCAGCAACUGCACCAUCAUCAUCAGCGAGAGAACCAACACCAGCAGCAGCAACAGCAGCAACAGCACGAGAACCACCAUCAGCAGCAGCAGCAGCAACAGCAGCAGCAGCAGCAGCAGCAGCAGCAACAGCAGCAGCAGCAGCAGCAGCACCUCAUCUGCCUUUUUUUUGACCUUGCUGAAGGACUCUAUACAGCAGCAGCAGCAACAGAUAUAGCAGCAGCUGCUGCUGCUGUUCGAGUAGCAGCAGCAGCAGCAGCAGCAGCAACAGCAGCAGCAGUUAGAGCGUCGGCAACAGCAGCAGUUAUAGUCGCAGCAGCAGCAAAGAGAAUAGCAACAGCAGCAGCUAGGGCUGCAGCAGCAGCAGCAGCUACCCCAAUAUCAGCAACAUAUAAGGAGCAGCAGCAGCAGACAAAGCAGCAGCAGCAGCAGCAGCAGCAGCAACAAUUAAAACAGCAUCGGCUACAAGUAGAACAGCAGCAGCAACGGCGACAGCAGCAGCACCCGCAGAUGCUGCAGCAGCUGCAACUGUCAGAGCAGCAACUGCUGCAGCUGCUGCUGCUGCAGCAGCGGCUGCAGCAGCAAGAGUUAAAGAAGCAGCAGCAAGAGCUGCAGCAGCAGCAGCAGCAGCAAUUGCUGCUAAAUAUAAAACUCGGAUUUUCUAUGAAGGGGUUUUGUGGCUUAUAA